UUCUGCAAAACAACCGCCGGCAGCCGCCGCCGCCGCCGCAGCAGCAGCAAAGCACGGCUCUGCGCGCCGACUACAAGAGGGUUAAAAGUGUAGAUUGGAUUUCACCCCGGGAAAUCGAGCGCACGGAGUGAACUUGAAUCUUUGGCUAUUUAAGGAGGACUGGGGUUUGUUGUGGAGUUGUGGUGAUUCAGGGCAGAGCCCCGUCCUGAUUGAUUUCAUCUUCCUCGAGUCUCAGAUGACUGUAAAGUGAACAGAUGAAAUUAUUCCUUUUUUGAGGCUUUUUCUUAGGGGCUCUCCGGGCAGCGCGUUUGCAAAAGCGAAGUCAUGAUGUAUUCUCCAAUCUGUCUCACUCAGGAUGAAUUUCACCCGUUCAUUGAGGCACUUCUUCCGCAUGUCCGUGCAAUUGCCUACACUUGGUUCAACCUCCAGGCUCGAAAACGCAAGUACUUCAAAAAACAUGAGAAACGAAUGUCAAAGGACGAGGAAAGAGCAGUCAAGGAUGAGCUACUAAGCGAAAAGCCCGAAAUUAAACAGAAGUGGGCAUCCAGGCUCCUCGCCAAGCUGCGCAAAGAUAUUCGCCAAGAGUUCCGGGAGGAUUUUGUGCUCACGGUGACUGGGAAGAAGCACCCGUGCUGUGUAUUGUCCAAUCCUGACCAGAAGGGUAAGAUUAGGAGGAUCGACUGCCUGAGGCAGGCUGACAAAGUCUGGCGUCUGGAUCUAGUCAUGGUGAUCCUGUUCAAAGGCAUCCCCUUGGAAAGUACGGAUGGAGAGCGGCUCAUGAAAUCCCCACAUUGCACAAAUCCAGCACUUUGCGUCCAGCCACACCACAUAACAGUAUCAGUCAAGGAGCUUGAUUUGUUUUUGGCAUACUACGUGCAGGAGCAAGGUUCCCCUGAAUUGAAAAUGGCAGUAAGUCCAUAAAGGAUUUUCUCUGAUACUGAGCCUUCUGAAAAGCACUUUCUCUUUGUGGGAUAAUUUUAGUUCUUUUUGGUGAUUGUGUCAUCCUCUAGCCAUCCUUGUAUUGCUGAGUGAUAAGUAGCAAUAAUGCAUUUGUUUCUUAGCCGCAGACCUAAACCAGGGGAAGUUUGACCAGCUGCAGAUGGCGGGCCAUUUCGUGGCUUGGCCUGGUAGUAGGCAGAAAUGGCUCGCAGAAGGGCAGAUGGCAGUCUGUUAUCCGAUGCCCCAUACGCAACUGCGGAUCUAACUGAAAAAGAAACUGAAUAGAUUUUAUUAGUAACAAAGGAGUAAAAUUGCAUGUCUUCAUUGAGCAGGUACUUGUGGUUUGAAAGAGUAGAUACAGUAUGACCUUUUUAUUUUUGACAAAUUCUUCUCUUAGAAGUUUAGUACCCAAAUAUUGCACUGUGUUCACACAAAUAUAUAAAUAGAGUUAUUAUUUUUUUAAUUAUUUGUCAUGGAAAUCUGUGUUUCUUCUCUCGCCGUUUGUAUUUUAUAUUUUUUUUCUCCACAGCAGUCGACAAUUUACUAAAAUAUUUUGCAGCGACUUGCAGCAGCAGCGCGGUCUGCUAAACGUGAACCUUUUCUAUAAAGGCACUAAACAUAACAGCUUAAUUACAAAAACUUUAUAUCUUCAAACUUCCUUUAUGUAGAAAAAUUUGAACAAUACUUUGAAUGCAUACAUCACAAGACAUAACUUACUGAUUAAUUCUAAUGUAUUUACCUGCCUGUAAAAGUUGAAAGUACAAAGGGAGGAAAAUAGCUUAAGUAGCUCUUGAACCAAUGGGGCUGAGGGUCAUGGUACUUUUACACUCUUGGUUUUAAGUUGUUGGAAGCCAUAACUUGAAAUGGGAGAAAGAGUUGUAGAACACAGCUGAUUUUAUUGAUUUGAACAAAUUGAGAAUAUUAGUUUAUUCAAAAUAUUUGUCUAAUCAGAAAUGAGUAAGAAAGUGUUCUGUAAUAUUGUAACUUUGAAGGUUACAAGAAGCCACUCUGGGAAUAUACUAGAAGAUGAAACUGGCUAAUUUCUUUGUACCAAGCUACCCUUAGCAGGCGCCUUUGUUUAUUGCAAACUGCAUGUAUUUUGUAUCUCUUGUGCUGCUUUACAGUUAAACUUCUGCUAACAUAUGUUCACUCUCUUCUUGAAGAAGUCGUAUUAAGUUAUCUUUGUGUAUUUUUUCCUCAUUUUGCCACACUUUGAAUCUCUGUCCUCAGUGAAUGCAGGUUAAUUGGGCACUUUGCUGUGUACUUGAUUAAGAGCAUCAGACUUGAAAAAAUAUAAGCAUGAAGUAAACCAAAAUGCUGCAUUUUACACAGGGUGUUUUGCUCUGUAUAUCUCUUUUAGAAUACUAAAAUCCACCUAAUGGUAUCAUAUAAAAAAUAAGCAGAGAAAUUGAAACAAAUGACUGAACGAAAUACGAAGAAGGAAUUAGCACACAAAAUGAAGAAAGGAGCCAAAUAGUGUGUUUUUUGUUUCUUUAUAAAAGAAGAUUAGAGGAAAAAGGAGGAGGAAGGAUAGUUCGAGUGCCAGUGAUGGUUGCCAGUGGCACCAGGAUUGGCAUCAGACCUUCUUUGUUUAGCCUAGGAUGCCUGUGAUUUGUUGGUUGGCAUCCGCAUUGCAGUGCAGAGUAAUGUUACAAUAUAUUGACAAUUUCCAGAUCUAGAAGUGUCAGUAAUCCUUUCAGUUCUUAAUAAAAAGAGCUUCUACUUCCAUGUCUGCCUUGAAGGAAGAAAUAAGGACUAACCUAUCAAGUUUUGUCAUUGACCAACUUUAUCUGGUUCUCCUUUUUGCCCACCUCUGUCAGAAUUCAGCAUCAUUUUUUUUCCCCUAUUCUCUUUCUAUGACCCUCUGGUGCUUUAGGAUGUUAAAAAAAAAAAAAAAAAAAAAAAAAAGGCUUGACUUAGGUUACAAAGCUGCUCCUUUGACUGAAAUGGAGGAAGAAAAUGGGAAAAACACAGUAAUCAGUAUUUAGCAUCAAAAUAAUUUUUAAUCAUAAUACACUUUUAUAGGGCUCUGCUUCUGUAUCAGGUCCAUAUCUACCCUCCCCCCCCCAGGCGAGUUUUAAAAAAGCCUAAACCUUGAAAAUGUAAUGGAUAUUGUUUGUAUUGAUAAAAAUUAUUAUUAUUAUUAUUAUUGUUGUUGUUAAUUUUUGUUACAUUAUCUUUUACGCUUUCAUUCUUUCUCUUUCUGUCUGGCAUCAGAGUGCCUAUCAUUUGGUAUGAAACAUGUCUGAGUCCGUAAAAUCAUUUGAUGAUAUUUGACUCAAUCAGUGCAGCGCUUAUGCUGUGUUCCCGUUGCUACAAGAACCGCCAUUUUGUUUGUCAAGUGCCAGGAGAGGAGAAAAAAAAAAAAAAAAAAAAAAAAAAA